CAUCAGUCCACAAAAAAGCUUUCCCAUCCGUCUUUCUUCUUCUUCUGAAAGCAGCAAUGGAGGAGUGCAACAAGCAGUUCUGCAAGAGCUACAUGCUUCUGGACUACGACAAAAUCGGCCUCGUCGACCUCAUCAGCCUGUUGAUCUCUCCCAACAUAGGGAAAAGGAAGUUCGUCGACUGCAAGCAGACCUCGGAACCGAGCUUCCGGCGCAGGUGGCUCAUUUUCUUGUCCAUCGUGGUCCACAAGCUCCUCCAGCUCAUCGCCAAGCCCUUGUCCUUCGUCGGAACCUGCGUCGAGUUGUGGUUCAGCCUCUUGUCCCGCAACGGCGGCUUCCCCGGCCUCUUGUUCAACACUCUCACAUGGCAAGUAGUGGCUCCGGACAAGUCGUCGUCGACGUACGUGUCGUUCGUGGGGAAUUUCGACCACAGGACCGAGCUGGACGGGAACAUCAAGCGAGGGGAUCCGAGGUACAAUCCCGCGCUUGCGAUAAUGGCGGCUAAGCUUUCGUACGAGAGCGGCAGCUACAUUGAAACCGUUGUCAAUCAGCAUUGGCAGAUGGAGUUUUUGGGAUUUUUCGACUUCCAUAACGCGUACCAAAACAAAGCGUCGACGCAAGCGUUUCUGAUGCGCGACAAGGCCGCCGACGGCAGCGAGACCGUCGCGGUGGUGUUCCGGGGAACGGAGCCGUUCGACGCGGACUCGUGGUGCAGCGACGUGGACAUCUCGUGGUACGAGCUCCGCGGAGUGGGCCGGAUCCACGGCGGGUUCAUGAAGGCAUUGGGCCUGCAGAAGUGCCUGGGCUGGCCCAAGACGCUCCAACAGGCCGGGCCCGAGCACGAGGACCGCCCGCUGUUCGCCUACUACAAGAUCAGGGAAAUGCUGACGGAGAUCAUGUCACAGAACGAGAAGGCGAAGUUCUUCGUCGCCGGGCACAGCCUCGGCGGCGCGUUGGCCACCGUGUUCCCAGCGGUGCUGAUGCUCCACGACGAGGACAUGCUGCUUAAGAGGCUGGAAGGUGUGUACACGUUCGGCCAGCCGCGCGUCGGGGACGAGAAGUUUGGGAAGUACAUGAAGCGGAAGUUGGAUGAGUACGGGAUCGGGUAUUAUAGGUUUGUUUACGGGUUCGACAUCGUGCCGAGGCUGCCGUACGACGAUGCCAACCUCAUGUUCAAGCAUUUCGGGACUUGUAUCUUCUUCAACCGCAACUACCAGGGACAGGUGGUUGUGGAGGAGCCAUACAAGAACUAUUUUUCUCCGGGAGGGACGAUAGGAAUGAUAUGGAAUGCGUUGAUGGAGCUGACGAGAAGCUUCACGAUAGCCAUCGAUUACGGCGAAGAGUACAGUGAAGGAUGGCUGCUCACCGGCGUCCGGCUGGUCGGGUUGCUGAUUCCGGGGUUGCCGGCCCAUUUGCCACGGGAUUAUGUGAACUGUACCCGCUUGGGACCGCCGCACCUGCUUCAUUCAUCGUGAUCAUAUGAUGGAACUUCCACCUCUAUACGUACCUCGUUCUACUUGUGUGAUCGAUCGAUAUCUGGACGAAUAUGAAAAAGUAAUGUUUUGUGAUUGAAUUGUUUUGUUUUUAUAUAGAAUCCAUGUUAUAAUAAGGCAAGUCCAAGGGGCAAUAAUCGUUGUGGUGGGUACGUUAAUAAAUAAUAUAAGAUUUAUAGUUGAAUUUUUUCCGAUUAAUAAUUUAAAUUAUUGAGAAUAAAUGAUUGUUUGUAUAGUAAUAUGAGAGUUUUUUAUGGAUGACUGAGAGAUGUGUGUUCUAACAUUGUUUACUUUAAAAAGUAAAAUUGUUCUUUUGACUUCGUUCAAGUGGACGUCAUUGUUCCCAAAUUCCUUGGAUGCUACAACUUGAGAGUUGGGUGUCACUAUCUCUCCACUAUGGUUAGUUCUAAACUGAAAAGUUUCUUUAUCUCCAAUCAAAUUUCACCAAUUACCAUAUACUCAUCACUGGCCCAAGUCAAUGCAUUUGCAUAUUUUGUUAUGUAUACAAAGGAAACUGUAAUGCAUCUUGUGUUUCGUAUUUUUUAUGGAGUUGCAAUGGUAGUUUUGUAUUCAGAUGUCUCUUAAUGCUAGUGAUGAUUUGCUUGUCGUCGGACAUGGAGUAUAUUUCCUCGACUAGUUGGUUUUGGCAUAUUUGUUUUUGUGUUGCAGAUGGCAUAGUUCGUAUAGUUUGUGGAGCAUUUUCGGUGGAGGUCCGGUGGUAUUUGAAUUUUGUUUCUCCUGUUAGGGGCCGUUUGUGUGUUAUUUUGCAGGUAGCUUGCACAUCAAAUCUACUGUUAGGCUAUUGGAACUCGGCAUAUAAGCGAUAUGACGUUUAUACUCGAUGGAUUGGUGCUUCAAUGAGCUUGUUGAAAGAAGACUUUAUUUGCGUUUAUUCGUUUAUUUAUGUUACUAGGCAUACUCACAGGGUUGCCCAUCGCGUGGCAUAAAUGACCCUUACAUCGGUAGCAACCCUUUUGGUUGACCACCGCCCUUUCAUUUUAAACGUACUGUAAUACCUUAUCUAUUACAAACUAUCUGUAAUAACUCCAUUCACGCCUCUGACAUGGGGAGUUGGACAUUAAAUUGGAGGGACAUGAGGAGCUGGCAAUGGUGUCGGUGCACCCUCCCUAUCAUGAACCCUUCUCUUCAGUUCAAUAAAUUAACGAUCCUUCUUCCCCCGAUCGCCCGUAAAUUGCACCAUCAAAGCCAUUCCUCCCAACCUCAAUACCUCCCAUUAGUACUGCUAACUCUCAAGACUAGAAGUUCAUCCCAUCAUCAUCAAGCUCACUCCCUCCUUCCGUCCGCCAACCUCUAGCUCAUCGUCGCCGUCAUCGUCAUCACCGGAGGAGGAAGGUGCGACCCAUAGCUACCAACUUCGUAUCUCCCAUUCUCUCUCGACUAGUAGGUAAGCAAAACGAAUCCCCUCGCCAUUCAAGCUUCAAGGCUACAUAACUAACUAACAAAUGGUCUUUCUAUGGCGUAGCUUCGGCGGCGAAAGAGCGGGGUGACCAAACGACGAUUCAAACAAGGAACUGAGGUCCUAAGGCUUCCUAGCUAGGCCUAGACUCGUAUUAAAGGUAAGGAAGCCUG